AUGCCCCUCACCACCCGCCUCACCACCCGGCUCCUCUCCACCACCACCACCACAAUGUCGCGCCCCUUCAGCACCUACACCAUCCCCCCGCGCGCCCUCGCCAGCGCCCUCACCGCCAACCCCCCGCCCUCCUCCCGCACCCCGCGCACCAUCCCCCUCUGCGCAUCCUGGUUCCUCCCCACCUCGCCGCACACCGGCCCCGCCGUCUUCGCGUCCGCCCGCAUCCCCAGCGCGCGCUUCUUCGACCUCGACGCCAUCAAGCACCCGUCCUCACCGUACCCACACAUGCUGCCCACGCCCCCGGUGUUCAGCGCCGCCAUGGGCAAGCUCGGCAUCACGAAGGAGGACACGCUCGUGGUCUACGACUCGGCCGAGCUCGGCAUCUUUAGUGCGCCGCGCGCGGCGUGGACGCUGAAGGUGUUUGGGCAUGAGAGGGUGCAUGUGCUGGACAGCUUCAAGGCGUGGGUGCAGGCGGGGCUGCCGGUGGAGGGCGGGGAGGUAAAGGAGGUGGAGGAGACGGUGUAUGGCGAUGUUGUGAUGGAGGAGAGCUUGGUGGCGGGCUUUGAGGAUGUGAAGGAGUGGGCGCUGCAGGGGGACCGCGGGAGGGUGCAGGUUGUGGAUGCGAGGCCAAACGGGAGGUUUAGGGGCGUGGAUCCGGAGCCGAGGCCAGGGCUGUCCUCCGGCCAUGUCCCCGGCUCCAUCUCGGUGCCGUUCAGUAAGCUCGUCGAUCCCGCGACGGGGAAUCUCCUGGCCGCGGCGGAGCUCCGAAAAGUGCUGGUGGGCGCGGGCGUGAGUGAGGAUGAGGGCGUGGAGAAGGUGCUGAUGUGUGGGACGGGGGUGACGGCCGUGGUUGUGGACACGGCGUUGGAGAUGGCGGGCAUUGGCGGGAAGAGGAGGGUGUAUGAUGGCAGUUGGACGGAGUGGGCCCAGCGCGUCACUGAGGACUCAGGACUGAUUGUAAAGUCCGAGAAGUAG